CGCCAACUGACUUAAACUUUCCGUUUCAGUCAUUGAGGCACUGGACGACAAGCAUAUAAGAAAAAUCCUCUAUUUCUGGAAAUAUUUUUCAGGACAUUAUUUUUAUCAAUUUCAAGUUUAAAGAAUGAUAUGGAGUGGGGAGCUGUAUUCCUAAUUCUUAUGACAGCAUCUGCAGUAUACUCAUUGGAGCCAUCUGGAUCCAAUACGUGCACGAAAUACGAAACAUAUCAAGUUACAAAACGAGUGUCAUUUACAGCAUCCUACGAAUAUAGAUAUACCACAUGGUGUUUAAGUCUUCCACCGAGAUGCACAAGAUACAGGACACGGUAUUAUACAGAAUAUAGGACUCUACCUGAAAUAAAGAAAAAGACUGUAUAUUACUGCUGCAGUGGAUACACUCAGGAGGGAACUUCAUGUGAACCUUACUGUAGAGGUUCUUGCAAUGGCCGGGGAAUCUGCACGAAACCUGAUUACUGCAAUUGCCUCCUUCCCUGGUGGACUGGGAAUAAUUGCCAAUAUGAAUGUCCCACUGGCAAGUAUGGAAAGCAGUGUUCACAAACAUGUUCUUGUAAAAACGGGGCCAAAUGUGACAAGGCGAAUGGCUAUUGCGAGUGUACGCCAGGAUGGAGACAAUCAGAUUGUGGAACUCCGUGUGCUGAAGGUACCUACGGGUCUAAAUGUUCUCAGAAUUGUUACUGCAAAAAUGGAGCUAAAUGCAACCCUGUCAACGGUACAUGUGACUGUCCUCCUGGGUUUCAAGGAAGAAAAUGUGAAGACGUAUGUCCCUCUGGCACCUGGGGAAAAGGCUGCUCUCAGAAAUGCACUUGCAUGAAUGGUGCCAAGUGCUUACCUGCCACAGGGGAAUGUGCAUGUACUCCAGGCUGGAGGGAUUCGAAAUGUGGAACUCCAUGUGCGGAAGGCACUUAUGGUUCCAACUGCUCACAGCAGUGUAACUGCAGAAAUGAAGGCAAAUGCAAUCCUAUCAGUGGUACUUGCGACUGUCCUUCAGGUUUUAAAGGAAAUAAGUGUGAAGAUGUGUGUCCCUCUGGGACUUGGGGAAAAGGUUGCUCUCAGCAAUGCACUUGCAAGAAUGGUGGAAAAUGUCAGCCGGCUACUGGGCAUUGCGAUUGUACCCCAGGAUGGAUUGGUUCCGAUUGUAAUACGCAGUGCGCAACCGGACGAUUUGGCAAAAACUGUCAGGAAAUCUGCGAUUGUAAGAAUGACGGAAAAUGCAACGUAGUUGACGGUUCUUGUGAAUGUACAUCUGGUUUCAAAGGUAAAAGGUGUGACGAAAUUUGCAGCAGCGGUACCUGGGGAGUUUAUUGCUCACAAAAAUGCUUGUGCCAAAAUGGCGCCAAAUGCGUUCCCUCUACAGGAGAGUGCUUAUGCACACCAGGCUGGAAAGGUACUAAUUGUGAAAAAAGAUGUGAUGCAGGCACAUAUGGACAGAACUGCAAGCAGAGCUGUAAUUGCAGGAAUGGGGCCUUAUGUAAUCCAAUCGAUGGAUCCUGCAACUGUACAUCUGGUUUCAAAGGGUCCAGGUGUGACGAAAUUUGCAGCAUCGGUACCUGGGGAGUUUAUUGCUCACAAAAAUGCUUGUGCCAAAAUGGCGCCAAAUGCGUUCCCUCUACAGGACAGUGCUUAUGCACACCAGGUUGGAAAGGUACAAACUGUGACCGAAGCUGUGAUGCAGGCACUUAUGGACAGAAUUGCACGGAAAAAUGUGAGUGCAGAAACGAGGCAGUUUGCAACCCGAUUGAUGGAUCUUGUAACUGCUCGUUAGGUUUCAAAGGAGCGAAAUGCGAUGAAGUCUGCGAUGGAGACUCCUGGGGAUAUUACUGCAAAGAAAAGUGCCAGUGCAUGAACGACGCACUAUGUCUGCGAUCCACGGGGGAGUGCUUCUGUUCGCCAGGUUGGAAAGGAGUCAAAUGUGACCUACCUUGUGAAAAUGAUACCUUUGGCCAAAAUUGCGAAGAAAAAUGCAAAUGCCAAAACGGAGCUGCCUGCAGUCCCGUGAACGGAAUUUGCGAAUGUCUGCCUGGAUACAAAGGUGAUAGUUGUGAUGAAAUCUGCGAUGAAGAGCACUGGGGUUAUUAUUGCACGGAAAAUUGUUUAUGCCAAAAUAACGGAAGUUGCGAUCCUAGCACAGGAGAAUGCUCUUGCACACCAGGUUUUAUGGGCAAAGAGUGCGAAGAACAUUGCCCAUCUGGUACUUUCGGUCAAGAUUGUCAAAACCAAUGUCAGUGUCAGAAUAACGGCUACUGCGAUUCUGUGACUGGAGAUUGCACUUGUCUCCCGGGAUAUGAGGGUCUAUUCUGUGAAAGACAGUGCAAGCCAGGAUUUUAUGGACUGCAAUGCUCAAGCGAAUGUUUAUGUAAUGUUUCCAAUACAGAUUACUGUGAUAUCAGAACAGGUCUCUGCAGCUGUCUACCUGGAUGGGAAGGUGUCUUCUGUGAGGAACCAUGCAGCAAUCGUUCCUGGGGUGACCAGUGCAACGAAACGUGCAUAUGCGAUGAUGAUAUUCUAUGUCACCAUGUCACAGGAAAAUGCAUCUGCGAUCCUGGAUUCCAAGGUUACAAUUGUUCCGAAGAAUGCUCUCCAGGAUACUUUGGUAAAGACUGUGAAGAACUGUGUCCUGUUUGCCCUGUUGAAAACACAACAUGUGACCAUUUGACCGGAUGGUGCGACUGUCCGCCUGGACGCACAGGAAGAUUAUGUGGUAAAUUUUGUCCCAGAGGAACCUGGGGGAAGAAAUGUUCGGAGACAUGUAUAUGCAAAUUUGGAGAGUGUAAUCCGAUGAGUGGACGCUGCAUUUGUCCCCCAGGAAGAACAGGGGAUGACUGCUCUAAAGAAUGCCCCGAUGGAACCUUCGGGCUCUACUGCCAGCAAAGAUGCGGCUGUCACAACGGUGGGGUCUGCCUCCGGCCCAGUGGGAUGUGCAGGUGCAAGCCUGGCUGGAUGGGAGCGCAUUGCGAAGAGAUUUGCCGCCCUGGUUUCUAUGGUGACCGUUGUUCUAAAGAGUGCAAGUGUGGAGCAGGAUUCAAAUGUGACCCUCACACAGGAUGUACAAAGUCUACAGAAAUAUUGGGUUUAUUCAGUAGUUCCCAGGAUGUGCUAAAAUUGUCCAGCAUAUCUGCAGCAAUCCUGAUCGUCAUUAUCAUCUCAAUCAUUGUUGGGUGCAUGAUGUGCAAGAAAAAACGAAAGAAGUACCAGCCGGAAUUAUUUGCACUUACAAAUAAGUCUGGAACAACACCUCAAAAUAUUCAGUGUUCCAAAUUGGAAGAAUCGAACUGCAAUGAAGUGAAUCAGGGAAAUAUUUACGUAGAGCCUGAGCUUGGAGCAAUGAGCCAAGAUGGAAUCUACGAGAACGUCGAGUUGAAGAAAGAUUCACCGCUUUCCAACGUGGAGUUUAAAUUCUCCUAUGGUGCAGAUACCUAUGAAAAUACCGAGGACCACAGAAGAAAGUUAAUCGGCGAAAAUAAUCAAGAAGCUGCUCAGUUUGAGUUCUACGAUAAACCAAAAUCGUCUGCAGUGAAUGACAAAAAUUCCAUUCAGUCAAUGAAUAUCUAUGAGAAUGCGUGUUAUGGUUUAGAAGAAGAAGAAAAUAUUUAUGUGAAUACUUGAGUAUUAUUUUGCUUCAUGUGCCCUUGUAAAAAUCUGCUUCACAUGAUUCGUGCUGUUUUAUUAUCUCUGUCUAUGAAGUGAAAAAAACUUUUGACUCAUUAGAAAUAUGUUAUAUCCCAUUUAUUUGUUAUAUCAUAUAUUGUUUAAACAAUGUUCGUAUAAACAUAUGUUUCUGGCCAUUUUUCUCGUAUGUCUCAGAUAAACAUUCC